AUGCCUCAGCGACCCCUGGCCCCUGGCGGCCCUGGCGGUGGCUCGACUCCCUCUACCACGACGGCAGAUCCCAAGAAGCCGGCGGCGGCCAAGGGGAAGGCAAAGGCAAAGGCCAACCCCAAGGCCACCUGGGACGUCCGUAAGGCGAAGCUCUCAACGCUUGAUUCUUCUCCCUUCCCUUUGGUCGAUCGGCCCGAGACGAAACGACUCUUGGAGUCAGCCGUGCUCGGCAAGGCUGGAGCUCACGCAAAGCUGGCCGUGCAACUCCGGGGACACACUGCCUCGGAACGUGCCCUGGAUGACCUCGCCAAAGCAAAGGAUGCAUUGGAAGCAGCAUACGAGGACGUGAAAAACGUGCCGCAAGAUGCCGACGAGAGCAUCUGGAGCGAUGCCAUGAAGGCCUGUGCUCGGAUGUACAUCUUCUAUGGCAGCAAGGUGGACGUGACUUUGCCCGCAGCUGUGCCCGAAGUGUGGCGAAAACGGAUCAGGAGUGAGCUGCUGAUCGUCGAUCGGGUGCACAUCCUGAGCCUGGCGAUGAUGGUAAUGAUGAGAUUGAAGAGAGCAGCCAAGAAGCUCUUCCAACGUGCGGUCAGGAAGAAGCCUCGACCCACCGUUGAUCUUCGCGAUGUGCCCGCUUCUUUGACAAAUGACUGGCAUGGUUAUUCCAGGCUGGAGCAUAUUGCAGAAACUCCUAUGGCCAGCACUGUGCUCAAUGGGUUAAACAAGAAAGGUGCUGAUAUCAAGUGGCUUUGUCGGGAUGUUUGUGGUGCUGCGGUGAAAGAAGGGUCCAAGUUUUUUCAGACACGUGUCAUGUCUACGAUACCAUCAGAAGAUGCAUUCCACCGGAAGUUGAGAAAAGAGCUGCCAACGGUGGAUAUGGUGACAUUGCCGGUGCAAGUUCGCAAGAAGCUGGGGCAACAAACCUUCAGUGAACUUCAGCUGCUGGAUCUCAUCAACGAAGAUUAUUCCUUACGCGAUGUCGUACGUCCUGAAGGUCCAAUGGACAUCUUCGUGCGAGUUCACGGGGAUGAAGGUGCCAUUCCGGGGCAUCUCCUUGUUUCUCGGGCCAAGUUCCCAAAGGCUACCACCACUGUGGACGCAAUCAUGAAGCUGCUGGAGUUUUGCCAGACGAUGAAGAAUCUUGCCGUGCCUCCUCCCAUCGUGGAUUUGCCAGGGUUCUCGAACGCCUUAAUCUUCGACGAUACGCUUCAUGUGGCCUGGCGAGGGUUUGCAGCGGAUUUCCUGGCAAGCUCUCUUAUCAACAUAUUUGGAAAAGGGGCGGCUCUUCAGAAGGCUUGCGACAUGGCAGGGCAGUGGGCCAAAGCUCGAGGAUAUUCGCUCUCCAUCGAUGAAUUCAGUCUAUCCGAAGAGCGAUUUCCUUCCUUGAAUGCCAAGGGAUAUGAAAUCAAACUGUUGUGUGUCUGGCUGGCAGCAUGA